CAAUCACAGGCCCUAGGCUCGCUCCGGGCUCCGCCUCGGUCGCCGCCAUGGGCUGCGGCGCGAGCUCCGCGGAGGCGAGAUACGCUGCCAGCUACAAGGCGGUUUCUGGCACGCCUCAAUCGCAGGCGCAGGCCGCCAAGCCGACAGCGCCGGCGCCGGCGGCCAGCCCGAAGGCGAAGGCGACGCCAAAGGCGGCCUCGGAAGAGGUUGGGAUCGCUUCGCAAGAGGCUGCCCCGGCGUCACAGGGGACAGACAGCACUGCUGAGCCCUUAGCCCACGAGCCAGAGGCCCUGGCAUGGUGGAGUGUUGACACUGACUGGAUCCGCGAUAGUUCACAUGAGAUCCUCGCAGCGUACAACUUCUUCUUCGAGCACAUCGGCAUCCGCAAAGGCUGGCGAACCCCACCCUUCAAGAGGGAGGAGGUCCAGGGACCCUUCAUGGCCGCGGCUGAAGUGGUAGCAGUGGUGCGGCAUCGCAUCGACGAGAUGGGCCAGGGUAUGGUCCUCCGGCAGCUCGAGGGCUCCUCUCAAGACUUCCUCUGGGGUUGGAGUUCGGAGAAGGCACCCAACCAGGCCCCGUGGCUGGUCGAGUUCUUCCGUGGCUUGGUCUUCGCCACCCUCAGCGACGCCAAUGGCCUGGUCGAAGGCUUGGACGAUGCCACGCUGAACUACUACGUCGAAAGCCAUCCCAUCCUGGAGCACUCAGCGGCGCUGGAGCGCAUCGCUACGGAAGAUGUGCUGAGAGGCAAGGCGCCAGUAGAGAACCAGGAGGCAGCGGAAGUGAACGUGGAACAAGAGGAGAAGAAGGACGCAGAGAACAAGGAGAUCCAAGAAGAGGAGAAGGAAGGCGAGGGCGAGCCAACGCGCGAGCCAGAAGAGGAAGCGAAGGAAAAGGAGACAGAAGCAAAGGAGGAAGAGAAGGACGAGACAGGGAAGGACGAGAAAGACAAGGCGGCGGGUGAGAAGGAGCAGAAGCAGAAGGAGGAGGAAGCGAAGUCGGAAGUGAAAGCUGCAGCAGAGCCUCAGGCCGCGCCUCUCAUGCUGGGCAACGGCUGAGGACGUGGCGCGCGCUCUCUGAUCGGUCUCACCUAUGCACGGGCUCCACUCCGCAGGCAAGUUCAAACCGCUGGUCCCACUCCCAAC